UCAAAUUCUACUGCCACGAAGAAUGCCUACGUCUGGCGGGCUCAUUGUCCCAGCCACCAUCAGGCUCCCUUCUUUUCAGAAUACCACCUGAAACUGAGAACAUACGAGACUGCUCCUCCGCAAGAGCUUGAAAACUGGAAACAGACUGUUGGCCAGACAAGUGAGGCAAAUUCUCUUCCUUCACUUCACCUUCAAUGGCGCCAGGUGGAAAAAUCCUUGCACCAGAAGAGGAAUCCGGAUACGAAUUACCUCCAACUGAAAAAGUGCCUGAAGGGAGAGGAAAAGUGGCCCCAAAAGAAAAUACAGGGUACUGGAAUGGACCAGAUGGGUAAGGCACUGCAGGAGAAGAUGACAGCACAGAUCCACGGACGAAAUGCACUAGUGGCAGCAGACCCCUUCCAUCCAAGUUCCACUUUACUUCUCAAUAGAUCGUCCGGAGGAGAAAAGUUGCCUUUGGCAGCAGAAGCUACAAACCUGGGCACUGACUCUCAGGAAGUGAAUGCUCGGCAAUCUCCUGGUGCUCUAGACUGGCCAGUUCACAGCGACUGUUCAGAUCAUGAGACGUCUCCAAAUCGUUAUCAGAUUUCACUCUUUCUGACUUGCCCACAGCAUCUUUUUCACCGAGCUCUACGACUUUGGCUAAAACACCAGCUUCGGGCACCGACUUCUGGCCAAAUUCAAGAAGAGUCAAUGUCUUUACUGCCACUCGAAAAUGCAUCCGGCCCAGAGCAACAGUUCAGAACAGCCUAUUUUGUCUCAACACCAGAGCAAACUUCCUCCACAGCAGCUGUCGCCCUUUCGAUAGAAUCAUUGGGGGAAACAUCAGAUCUUGAAAUUUCCCCUGCAGCCACACUGGCAAGCAAAUUCAUGCCACCAUCAUCAUCAAGAGACAAUGACGAAGUAGCUUCUGAGUACUUGGCACAGCUCUCGACAAGAGCAUUCAUGGGGCUGAAAGAAGAUGCUUGUGAUUUUAUAGAUUUCAAUUUGUCUGAUGCAGGAACUUCAUUCAAUCUCUUGGAAGCAUCAGUGGCCAUGCUUUGCCCAUCUUCAGGAGGAACUGCAGGAGAUGCAUGGCUGCUCAUGAUCAUAGGAUCUUCCAGAGAAUCUCCACAAACCCCUUGUGCAGGACUUCUCACGCGGUUUGAUGCUGAUGCUCCCGGAAAACCAGGGCAUCAACAGUGCCUCGCCCAGAACCUCUCAGCUGGCUCUCCUUUCCAGAGGCAAGGGUUGGAGCCGGUUUUACUGGCCCAAGAGAUGACGAUGCAUGCUUGUUACCACUCUCUCCAGCCAACUAUCAAGCACAGGCAAACCUCUCAGAUGGACAAACCGACUGAGGCAAUCAACAUUAUCAAUGGAAGCUAA